GCGAAAGACCCCACUGCCGUGGAGCGAGCCAACCUGCUGAACAUGGCAAAACUGAGCAUCAAGGGGCUCAUCGAGUCUGCACUGAGCUUCGGCCGGACGCUGGACUCCGACUACCCGCCUCUGCAGCAGUUCUUCGUGGUGAUGGAGCAUUGUCUGAAGCACGGUCUGAAAGUACGGAAAUCGUUUUUGAGUUACAACAAAACUAUCUGGGGCCCUUUGGAACUGGUGGAGAAGUUGUACCCAGAAGCAGAGGAGAUAGGGGCCAGCGUCCGGGAUUUACCUGGCCUCAAGACGCCCUUGGGUCGUGCCAGAGCGUGGCUUCGACUAGCCCUCAUGCAAAAAAAAAUGGCUGAUUACUUACGUUGCCUGAUUAUUCAGCGGGAUCUCUUGAGCGAAUUCUAUGAAUAUCACGCGCUUAUGAUGGAAGAAGAAGGAGCAGUGAUUGUGGGGCUGCUGGUCGGCCUGAAUGUCAUUGACGCCAAUCUGUGUGUAAAGGGAGAAGAUUUAGACUCCCAGGUUGGAGUGAUUGAUUUUUCCAUGUAUUUAAAGAAUGAAGAAGAUAUUGGAAAUAAAGAAAGGAAUGUUCAAAUUGCUGCCAUAUUAGACCAGAAGAAUUAUGUUGAAGAAUUAAACAGACAACUGAACAGCACAGUCAGCAGUCUCCACUCACGAGUGGACUCCUUGGAAAAGUCGAACACGAAGCUGAUCGAAGAGUUAGCAAUAGCGAAGAAUAACAUCAUUAAACUCCAGGAAGAAAACCAUCAAUUACGAAGUGAAAAUAAAUUGAUUAUAAUGAAAACACAGCAACAACUGGAGGUUUCUAAAGUGGAUGUAGAAACUGAGCUUCAAACGUACAAGCAGUCUCGGCAGGGCCUCGACGACAUGUACAACGAAGCCAGGAGGCAGCUUCGCGAUGAGUCGCAGCUGAGACAGGACAUGGAGAGCGAGCUAGCGGUCCAAGUGAGCAUGAAGCAGGAGAUCGAGCUGGCCAUGAAGUUGCUGGAGAAAGACAUCCACGAGAAGCAGGAUACGUUGAUCGGCCUCCGGCAGCAGCUCGAAGAAGUGAAAGCCAUCAACAUUGAGAUGUACCAAAAGCUGCAGAGUUCUGAAGAUGGUCUGAAGGAGAAAAACGAAAUGAUCGCCCGGCUCGAAGACAAGACCAGUCAGAUCACAGCCUCCAUGAGGCAGCUGGAGCAGAGAUUGCAGCAAGCAGAGAAGGCGCAAAUGGCAGCUGAAGAAGAGGACCAGAGAUCUCUCCGAGAAAGCCGGAGUAAAUCCAGCAAUUUGUGGGAGCAGGUCGCCCGCAAGGAGAAGCAGCGGGCGCAGUUGGAAACAGACCUGAAGAUCGAGAAGGAAUGGAGACAGACUUUGCAAGAGGAUCUUCAGAAGGAGAAAGAUUCCUUGUCCCACGUGAGGAGCGAGACCCAGCAAAUCCUUCACCUGAAGAAAGAUUUCCAUAAUCUCCAGGAUGAAAAUGAGCAAUUGAAAAAAAUAUAUCACGAGCAGGAGCAAGCUCUUCAAGAACUCGGCAACAAACUUAGCGAGUCAAAACUUAAAAUCGAGGAUAUUAAAGAAGCCAACGAAGCCCUGCAGGGACUGGUUUGGUUGAAGGAUAAAGAAGCCACACAUUGUAAGCUUUGUGAAAAAGAAUUUUCGCUUUCCAAGAGAAAGCACCACUGUAGAAACUGUGGGGAAAUUUUCUGUAACGCUUGCUCUGACAACGAACUGCCUUUGCCUUCUUCGCCAAAACCAGUGCGGGUGUGCGACUCCUGCCACGCGUUGCUGAUUCAGAGAUGCUCCUCGAACUUGCCAUGAGGGUCCAGAACAAAUCCUGAUUUCCUGAAAGGACCUGGGACCAGUCUGUGUGUAGACAGCGUAUCAGACAGUAUUGGCACCGAUUUUAACUUUGCUCCAGCUCAUCGGAAUUAGUAAUUUGCUAUUUCCUUCCCCACUGCUUCCCCAAAAGAAUUUCCAGGGUCAGAGUGAUGGAGAUAGCCUUGAAGACCGCUAAGCCAGAUUCGAUCCCUGGCAUACCUGUAUGGUUCUUGGAGCCCCACCAGGAGUGAUCCUGGAGUGUAGAGCCAGGAGUAGAUCCUGAGUGCUGCUGUGUGUAGCCCCAACCUCCCUGACCCCCCCAAAAUUCUUAAUUUUGGGAGCUUCAUCAUUAGUACAAUGUGUAAGGACCUUACCUUGCGCAUGGCUGACUUGAGUUUGAUCCCCGACACCCCCAUAUUGUCCCCCUAGCCCUAAGUAAACCCUGACUGAGCACUUUUUGAAGUGUGACACAGCGCACACACACACACACACACACACACACACACACACACACACACACACACACACAAUUCCCAACAUUAGAUGAAAUGCUAUAUAAUAACUCUAGACUAAUUCUUAAUCAUGGAAGCUAGCACACAUUUGCCUUAUUUUGUAAAGACUGUCUUAAAAAUAGGACUUCAGAUUUUAUUCUCCAGGUUCUUGCACAUUCCCUGUAAUUUUAAUCAUUGUAAAACUUUAGUUCUCAGAAAAAGGAUGAAAAUAC